AUGACUGUACAAGUCGUUUUUUUCAACUUUAAUAGUUGUUGCUUUGUGUUUUUUAAUUAUUUCUCUACACUUUUAAUUGAAAAGCGGCUGGAAAUACCAUCUUUAUGGAAACGCUUUGGAGCUGAAUUCAUUGACUUUUUGCUGUUAAGCUUUAUAAAAUUCUUGAUUGCUUACUUUAUAGUAGAUUCAAUUCUUGAMAUUGAUUUUACCAAGUAUAACAAUAUUUUUACACGAGAUGAUUAUAAUGUUGAUUAUACUGCAGCAGUAGAAAUGACAUCAGAACUAUUUUUUAUAGAAGUUUUGCACCGAAUAAUAGUUUGUGUAUAUGAGAUAUAUUUUYUACAAGGUAGUACAGUUUUUCAAGGAGGAGCAACAGUUGGAAAAACUCUGUUAGCUCUUACAGUUGUUCGAGCUGAUAAGCUAUUUAAUAUAAGAGGUCAGCAAUCUGAUAUUAUUGCUUUAAUUCCUGGUGGUGAUAUUGGAUGGAAACGGGCAGCACUUCGUUCAAUCACUAAAAACUUAUUUUUUGCAUUCUUGUUUCCACUACCUUUUAUCACAGCAGCAGCCAAUCAAAAUAGAUGUGCAUAUGAUGUUUUGUGUGGAACAAUGGUUGUAGAAGUUAUACAACCCCUUAAGUGUGAGCAAUCUGAACUUAUUCCUAUUGGGUAAUAAGAUUGUUAAUUAACUGAUAAUAUUUAAUUAUUAUUUGUAAAAAAUGCAUUUAUCAUAACUAUCAAUAUGGGUCACUGGGUAAUAUAAUGAAAUAUUUUGUUGUAAAAAUAUAUACAAUACAAAUUCUUCCAUAUAGAUUUAUUACAACUUGAUAAAAUAUAUUAUUUUUUGAAUUUUGAAUUUUAUGUAU